AUGCCAGAACAAGAAAUUCCAAAUGAUGAUAAUUUAAAUGAUUCACAAGGAUCAUCAUUAUCAUCAACUUCAUCACUUCAUAAUAUUAAUGUAGAUCGUGAAUUAAUUAUUAAUCAAAGAUUUCGUCCAAAUUCAGCUGAUUCAAAUUCAUCAUUAAAUGAUAUUAAUAAUCGUUUAAUUAUACAAAAUAAUGAUGAUUUAAAUCCAAAUAAUGAUGAAGAAUUUUAUAAUCCAAAUCAACCAUAUUUAUUUCCAGUUCAAUUACCUCAUCAAGUUCAUUUUGAGACAACAUUGGAUGUAUUAUUGCGUAAUGUUACUGGACGUUCUGAUUUACAAAAUGUUCAUUCAAUUAAAUUACGUGUUAUAUCAGCUUCAGUUAGCCUAUAUACUUUAUCAGUUUAUAUGCCGAAUUUAACAUCAUUAAAUUUAGAGGGUAGUGUAUUAUCAUCAUUACGUGAUCUUGGUUAUAAUUUACAUAAUUUAACAUUUUUAAAUGUAUCAAAUUGUGGUCUAACUAGUUUAGAUGGUACAAGUGGUUUUCCAUCAGUUGAAAUGUUAAUUGCCGAUAAAAAUAUGAUACAAUUAAUUGGUCCAAUACAAAAUUUAAUGAUAUUAAAAAAAUUAAGUUUAAAAGAGAAUCAAAUAACAAAUUUAAAUUGGUUAACAUUUUUGGGUGCAUGUACAUUAUUAGAAGAUGUUGAUUUACGUGGUAAUCCUGUAAUACAAAAUCCAUAUUAUAGAAUAACAUUAAAACAAUCAAUGCCGAAUUUAAAAUGUUUAGAUGGUAUUACAAUUGAUGAUGAUGAUAAUGAAACUGAUAAAAAUGAUGAUAUGAGCACUGAUGAUAAUGAAAAUUAUUCACCAUCAACACUUUCAGAUGAUAAUUCAAUUGAUGAAUCAUUAAAAUCAGAUUUAAAUAAUAGUUUAGAUUCAGUUGAAAUUAUGGAACGUCCAUCAACAAGUAAUGGUGUUUGUUUAAUUAGAGUUUCAGAUAAUAAUAAUAAUAAUAGCUCUAGGAGACCAUCAACAGCAACAACUUUAGAAUUACAAAAUCGGCGAAAAAUAUUAACAUCAGGACCACCAAUAUGUGGUUCUAUAACAAGUUUGAUUCGAAAAAAAAAAUUAAAUGGAACAGAAAGGAAAACAGCAUGGAAAGAAUCUUCUGAUAAAAGUUCUUCUUCAUCGUUCUCUUCCGAGAAUAGCUUUCAAAUGACAAUUGAACGUUCAAAGAAAUUAAUUGAAAAAAAUUUUCCAGAACGUCUACCACAAACAAAUGUUGAUUUAAGUUCAUCUGAGGUUUUAAAUAUUGAUUUAGAAAAGAAAACUUAAAAUUUUAAUAUUGGAGUAUGUAUAAAUGUUACAACUCAAAAUUAAAAUUAAUAUUAAAAGCUUUAAUUUAAAAAAAGAAAACAAAGAUCACCUCACUUUGAAAAAAUAUUAAUUAUGAUAAUGGCGGGUAAAAGUUUUAUAGUAUAAUCUAGUAUAGGAUU